AUGCACUGCAUGCAGCAGCAGCAGCAGCAGCAGCAGCAGCAGCAGCAGCAGAAGCAGCAGCAGCAGCAGGAGCAGCAGAAGCAGCAGAAGCAGCAGCAGCAGCAGAAGCAGAAGCAGCAGCAGCAGCAGCAGCAGGAAAAGCAGCAAAAGGAGCAGAAGCAGCAGAAGCAGCAGCAGCAGCAGCAGCAGCGGCAGCAGCAGAACAAGAUUGACGCCGAUGAGUAG